AUGGCGUCAGUUAAGGCGCAUAGUAGCAGACCCCACAGGCCGCGCCUGAUCGCUUUCAAUGCCGACGGCUCUCGUCUCGCCACGUGUAUGGCGGACAACCGUCUUAAGGUCUGGGACGCUGUUGCCGGCAGGUUGCUCGUCGAGUGUGCUGACGUGGCGAACCGGGUGUCCGCAGAUGGGGAUAUUCUCCCGCUCGGCGCAGGCGCAGAGGAGGGCGCGCGCGGACACCUGGAGCUGCGCUACUCGUGCAUGGCUUGGGCAGAGCGCGCGCGUGAUGCGGGGGAGGGGAAAGUGGGAAAGGCGGGGAAGGCGGGGAAGAAAGGCAAGAGCGCGGCUGGCGCGCAGGCGGACGCGCUAGUGGUGCUGGGCACGGCGUAUGGUGACGUCAUCGCGUGGGACGUGGCGAUGGGCGCCGUGGCGUGGCGCCAGGCCGCCGUAGAUCCCGCCGGCAUCGUCGCGCUCGCCUUCCUCUCCGCCGCUGGCGCGGCGCCGCCCAUCGUGUUCGCGGCCGGCACGGACGGCUACAUCAGCGAGCUGAGCGCGGCGGACGGCGCGGUGCUGUCGCGGUUCCGCGCGUCCAAGUCGCCCGUUUCGAGCAUAGCGGUGAGGGCGGGGGCUGAAGCGGGCGCGCCGCCGCUGCUCAUGGUGGGCAGCUCGCAGCUGACUCUUUUCAAUGCGGGCAGCAAGGAAAAGAUUCGCAAGUUUUCCGGGCACCCGGAAAAGGUUUCCUCGAUUGCGUUCUCGCCUUCGUCGAGCUUCGCGUUCAGCGCGGCGGAAGGCGACAGACACGUGGCGGUGUGGAAUUUCUCCGCGGAUUUUGAGAAGCGCAAGGCGUUCGCUGUGCUGUCGCUGCCCGAGCCGCCCGAAUUCGUGGCGUGCGCGAAGGGGGCCGGCGGCAGCGAUUCGGUGUUUCGGGUUUUGGCGCUGACAACAGAGGGCGAGGCGUAUGUAUGGACGGGGGCAACAAUCCCUGCGCUUGCGCAAGCGCAGCCUGUGGUGGUGAAGGGGGAGCGCGUGGUGAAAGGCGCGGGGCAGGGACAGGUGCGGCAGGGGAAAAAAGGGAGAGAGGCAAUACUGGCCGCGCACCUGCCCGAGGACGCCUUGGGAUCGCCGAUGCUUGUAGCGCGUGGCAUUCUAGCGAGGCCGCAGUUCGAGAGCGUUAGCUUGGACGAGGCGCAGGAGGGCAACGAGGGCGCGCCACGUGUCGUUCUGCUGAGCGCCCCCGAGGCGACGGAUCUGCUGCCCGCAGGGGGAACGAGAGUUCGCGCGGACGGGGGAGAGGGGCACGGGGAGGUGGAGGAGCAGGCGGAAGGCGCCGCGCGCGGCAAGGCGGGAAAAAAGGGGGGAAAGAAGGGGAGAGCAGGGGAGGCGGAAGACACAGGCGGAGUGCAGGUGGUGGGGGGCAUGCCCAUGCAGGCGCCCGUGCUGCGCGCGAGCCUCGCGGAGGCGGAGGGGGACGGCGAGGGGAAGAAGGAGCGGAAGAAGAAGAACAAGCGCAAGGCAGCAGAGGAGGAGCAGGCAGCGUCACUACUUCCCGCCACAGGCGCUGCUUCCGAUGCGGCUUUAGCUGGCCCAGGCGAGGCUAUGGAGGGCGUGAGCGGGGAAGCGGAGAAGACAAUAGAGGAGCAGCUCAAGGAGCUGGGCAUCUCCCCCUCCGCCCACUCCCUCGCGCUCUCCACCACCGCCAAAAAGCCCCACUCCUCCGCACUGGCGGCCGUCAAGGGCGGCGGCAACAAGGGCGGGGCGCGCGCAGAGACAAUGGAGGUGCUGGCGGCGCCGAGGGCGGAGUCGCUGUCAGUGGUGGUGCAGCAGGCGCUGGAAGCGGGCGACAUGGCGCUGCUGCGGCAGUGCUUCGAGGCCGCCCUGACCGUGCGCCGCCGCGCCCUCAUCCUCCCCACCGUGCGCCACCUGCCCCCGCACCUCGCGCUCAAGCUGGUGGAGGUGGUGGCGGCGCGCGUGCAGGCGCACCCGGGGGAGGCGCUAUCCAUGGUGCCGUGGAUGCAGGCCGCGCUGACGUGUCAUGCCGGCAUGCUGGCGUCAGCGCCGGCGGCGCACAAGGCGUUGGCGGCUCUGUAUCAGACGGUGGAGGCAAGAGUGGCGGCGCUACGACCCAUGCUUGAGCUGGCGGGGAGGCUUCAGCUCGUGGUGAUGGCUGUUAGGGAGACACGUGGGGAGGAGGGGGCGCGCGGGGAGGGGGUUGGUGGGGGGUAUGAGAGGGAAGGGGCGGGUGGAGGGGUGCGGGCUGCGACGGUGUAUGAGGAGGGGGAUGACAGCGAUGUGGAGGUGGAGGAUGCGACUGGUGUGGAGGAGGGGCUGUUUGGGGCCGAGGGAUGGGUGGAUGAGGAGGAAGAGGAGGAUGAGGAUGAUGAGGAGGGAAGUGAGGAGGAGUAUGAGGAAGAAGAGGAGAGGUUUGUGGAUGAUGAGGAGGGGGAUUUGAUGGAGGAGGAUGACAAUGACGAGGGUGAGGAGGAUCAGUGA